AUGGUUGCCACCUGCUUGCACCUAGUUGGAUUUGUCUCUAGUUUUGUCGGCUGGAUUGGUGUGAUCGUGACAACAGCCACCAAUGAGUGGGUCGUGACUUGUGGCUACACCAUUACCACUUGCAGGAAGAUGGAUGAGCUGGGAUCCAAAGGGCUGUGGGCAGAUUGUGUCAUGGCAACAGGGCUCUAUCACUGCAAGCCACUAGUGGACAUCCUCAUAUUGCCAGGCUAUGUCCAGGCAUGCCGAGCACUGAUGAUUGCUGCCACAGUGCUGGGCCUCCCUGCUGUUCUCUUGCUGCUGACUGUUCUGCCCUGUAUUCGGAUGGGCCAUGAGCCUGGAGCUGCCAAGUACCGGCGUUCCCAGCUGGGAGGAAUCCUGCUCAUUCUCUUGGCAUUGUGUGGUAUCAUCGCAACGAUCUGGUUCCCUGUGUCUGCUCACCGUGAGACCACAAUUGUGAGUUUCGGAUACUCCCUUUACACUGGCUGGAUUGGGUCUGCCCUUUGCCUCUUUGGUGGCUCCGUCAUCGUCUGUUGCUCAGGAGAUGCUCAGUCGUUUGGUGAAAAUCGUUUCUACUACGCGUCGGGAUCCAGCUCUCCUACCCAUGCUAAGAGUGCUCAUGUAUAA